AGAUCAGCAGCAUCUUACUCGUCUCGCCCGGCAGCCAUGUCCAGCAAGAACUUCUUCGCCGCCCUCGACUCGGAUGACGAGGACACGCCGCGCGUGAACAAGAAGGCCACGCCGCCCCCGUCGGCCCCCGUGGCUCUGAACAAGCCCGCCGCCGGCAACAAGAAGGCCCCCAAGAAGUCGGCCCCCGCCGCCGAGAAGAAGGAGUCGCGUGGCCCGCGUGAGGGCGGCCGUGGCCCGCGUGAGCGUGGCGAGCGUGGCCGUGGCAACCGUGGCCCCCGCCGCGAGUUCGAGCGCCGCAGCGGCACCGGCCGCGGCAAGGAGACCAGCAAGCAGGGCGGUGGUGCCCGCAACUGGGGCAACAAGGCCGACCCGAACGAGCAGCUGGCUGAGGCUGCUGCCCAGGAGGGCGCUAAGCCCGCCUCGGACGAGGAGGCCGCUGAGGAGGCCGCCGUCGAGGAGGAGGAAGAGGAGGAGGUGCAGCUCACCCUCGACGAGUACCUCGCCAAGCAGAAGUCCGCUCGCUCGGGCGAGCUGUUCGCCGAGGUGGAGAUCCGCCAGGUGGCCAACGAGUUCACCAGCGCGGUGCAGAUCACCAAGGAAGGCAAGACCGAGGACUUCAUGGCCUCGCAGUACGAGAAGGUCUACAGCAAGAAGACCUCGGGCCGCAAGAAACAGCUCAUCACCGACGUGGGCUUCCGCACGGAGAAGCCGGAGCGCUUCACGCGUGACUUCGACUCGUCGCGCGGCGGACGUGGCCGUGGUGGCCGUGGUGCUCGUGGCAACGGCCGCACCGGUGGCCGCGGUGGCCGUGGCGCCAACGCCCCGAACGUGACGGACAUGAGCGCCUUCCCCAGCCUCGGCUAAGGGAUCGCGCUGCGACGAACCGGAAUCGCGCGCCCUUGAGCGCCAGCGACAUGAUGAGUGAGAUCUUCCAAAAGAGGGCUUCUCGAGGACUGGUUUGGCUAUCUCUUUUUCUCCUUUUCCCCCCACGAAAGAUCCACCGGAUAGGGCCUCUGCGCGGCUGGUGUCUGCCUGACUGUGUAUCCUCCUGCAGGCAGCCAGCCGUCGUGCGGAAAGUUAGAGAAAUUUUUGUUAGCGUGAACUCAGUCUUCUCCUUGGUCUAUUAUUCAAUGCAGCGGGCUGGGCUUAUUGCGAACG